AUGGAUUUCAAUACCACUCAUGGCGUUACUUUAGGAAUUUUUUCGUUAGUGGCGGAUAACACCUCUCACUUUCACAUAAAUGGAAAUUUGUCCUCUGUUAACGACACCAAUGCCUCGGAAUAUUCUUACUACUACUAUUACUAUGACACUGUUGCACUACCAUAUAAAGUAGAUGUUUUUGCCUCUUGGCAGAACGUUAUAUUAGGAUAUGUGUACUUCCUUCUGUCUCUGUUGACGAUCCUCAUUAACUGUCUGGUAUUUGCUGUGUUUAUUUGGAAAAGAAUCAGGACCCCAACCUCUGUUGUCCUUCUAGCCUUAGCUAUAUCUAAUACAAUAAUAUGUGCCACAAUUAUGCCUUCAGCUUACCAUCUCUACAUGAAGGGAUACCAUACGCAGUAUUUAUCCUAUCACUGGUGUGUUGUGAGACACGUUCUGUAUAUAGCUCAUCAAAUGUCUAGAACAUCCUCCAAUUGGCUUGUGGCACUUCUGGGUAUCCAGCGAAGUAUCAUUGUGCUUUUUCCGUUUCAAGCCAAAAGGUAUUGUUCGAUGCGAAAUACUUGUAUUAGUAUCGCCGUGAUAUUUCUUGCUGCUUUUCUCAUUUUCAUAUGUGAGUCUUUGAUCAUUGACAUUUCACCGCUGGAAGUCAUAGCGGAGGACGGAAUUACAAAACUUCCAGACAGCUGUCUCAGAGAUUUUGCGCACUGGUUCAAGGAAUCUUCGGAUAACCUCGGAUCUUCAGUAAUUACAAACUAUAUUGUCACAGAAGUGUUUUCUCGGCUGUUGCCUUGCAUUGUUCUUUCUGUUACCACUUGCGUGUUAACCUUCAAACUGUUGUGCAAAGGUAAGACGAUUUCUGAAGGAAGUCAAAAUUCGUCAUUCACGGACAAGAAAAUAUAUCGAGCAACUAUCAUGUUAUUUGUAAUUUUGUUCCUGUUUCUGGCUUCUGAGCUACAGGACUGUAUUGCUUUCUUUAUAUACGUGCACGAAAUUGCCACAAACAACAAAAGAGGGGUUCUCUCCGAAGAGGAGGAUAAGGCAUGGGAUACCAUUGGUGUUGUCAUAUGGCUUCUGGUCUACAACGUCAAUUCUUGGAUCUUCUUCUUCAUGAGUAGCCAGUUUCGGGAAGCGUUUUAUAAGAUGUACACUCCUAAUUUGCCGUUGUUAAAGGACAGUAAUAAUACAGGAACAACGUUACUGAAAAGUGCCAAUUCCUCGCCUAGAUCUGGAAACAGAAGUCGUGUCAAGACUUCGCGAGAUGUUAGCCCAGAUUCCCGCCAAUUUCUGAACGUUUGA